AUGAUCACUUGCUUCUUUCAAGUGGCGCUGCGGCCUGCGAAAUGCCUGAUGUCUUCUGACCAUAUGAUUAUUGAAUUCUCCGUUCCGUCCAAUUGCUAUCAGGAGUGGCAUGGUGCUGGUGAAGAUUGGUUGCUGGCUCUGGUGCCAGUCUAUUCCAAAUUCCAGUAUUCAGGCUCUGGGGCAGGACACGAUGAUGGAUGUGGUGUUCAACACCUUCAGCAUGAUCUUCCUACUAGUCGCCACCUUGGCCAACUCUCAUUUCUCGGCCCCUUGGGCGACUAA